AUGUUAUUAAUACUUGUUUACAGAUCGGUUGCAGGGUAAUGCUUCUAAAGAAUCUGUCUGACAGACUUAUGAAUGGGCUGCAGGGUGAGGUUCGAGACAUCAGAGAGGAUGCUGUCCAUGUUUUCUUCCCUAUGUUACAUGAAGUGGCCACUAUCCUUCGAUGUGCUUUCACAAUUUUUGACCCGACUACUGGACAUAACAUUUGUGAGAGAUACCAGUUUCCACUGAAGCUCAGCUAUGGCAUGACAAUUCACAAAUCCCAGGGCAUGUCACUAGACAGGGUUGAAGUAAACUGCCGGCAUAUAUUCCAGUCUGGUCAGUUGGGUGUGGCAAUUGGUCGUGCCAGGUCUAUAGAAGGUUUGAGAAUCGUGAACUUCUCCCAGGAUGCUGUGAUACCACAAACACAAGCUGUCACUGAUUUUGUAGCCCAAGAAGGCAGUCCAUUUAUUGAUGACUGUUCAUGCUGUCGGAAUUUGGUAGAUUGUUUAUAUCCUGAGAUGCAACAGAGCAAUCCUAGCCCAGUGCAACAUGCAACAGGCAUUUUAGACACGGAAGAUGACAUGGACGAUCCAGUGUUUGACGAGCUCUUGGCAAAUAUUGGUUCUUCCUUGGCAGAACACACAGCUGUUGUUCUUCCAGACACCUUUGACUUAGAGGAACAAAUAAAUGAACUUAGUUACACAUGUCCCGUUACUGAACAACAGUCUAUGGUGAAUGAAAUAUUUGCAAGUUUUAUGGCUAAUGAACAAAUUGUUAGAUGCUUCUUAAACCAACAGUAUGACCGUUGCAUGAAGUUUUAUGCCCAAACUGUGAUUUCCGAACCAGGUAGAGAGAGUCCAGUUCCACAGUGUCAGUUAACUGCUUUUUAUAAACUGUGGCAAAGUCAUAUGACAUCAGCAGAGUAUGAAAGUGAGUGUCUUCCAUUAAUUCUGCUCUCCUCCAAAGGAACAAAACCUGCAUUGUAUUCUGCAAUUUUUAAACUCUGCACUACUGUUCGUCAGUUGCUUCUAUCAGAUAAAGCUGCACAGUUAUCAUAUAUAGAUAACCAGAAAAUGACAUCACGAGCUACAGAUGGAUUUGAUGCAACAGCCAGAGGGAAAAUCAGAUAUAUAGGUGGUUAUGCUGUUGCCAAGCUCAAAUACAACUAUAUGUGCCAAGUUAAAUCGAAUAUGUACAAAACCAGUGCAUUGGGCGUUAGUAAAUUUAACACAGCGUCAGUAAUGGUGGAGUUCCUAGAGAAGAUGACAGUUAGUGAGCACCAUUUGAUUGCUGUAACUGAAGAUCCAGGAAGUCUAUCAGAAACCUCAAGAAAACAGAAUAUUAAUAGAGGUCUGACAAAUAUCUCUGACCAAUGUUACCACUGUUUUGAAAGUAUUGUAACAGCAUCAUUGAAUGAACUAAGUUCAAAAAACUUGGUCAAACAUGGAAAUAGUCUUCAUGAUCAUGUAAUUAAGACCCUUGAAGAAAAUAACCAGUUUUUUGCAAUCUUUUAUAAAAUGUGUAGUGGAAAUAAUGCAAACCCAGCUUCAAAUGACAACAUCAGAACACUUUACAGAGAGUGCAUAUACAAGGUAUCCUCAAUACUAUUGAAGCAGUUUUCAAGGGAUUUUAUGGAGUCCUGCAACACUCGUAAGAAAAUGGAACACCGUAAACAAAUCCAAGUUUCAGAAAAAAAGACCGCUCACAAUACACAUUUCAAACAAACCAAAAGUCUCAACCCUAUUUCUAUUACUACUACAGAACAGCCCGGCACAUCUGGAGUGUCUUCAAAAAAAAGAUCAUCUUCAACACAUUCAAAUCAUACUUUUCUAGGCGCGUUGGCUUCUUCAGAACAGCCAGGUUCAUCUGGAGUGUCUUGUAAAAAGAAGUCUUUAAAAACACAAACAGCAGUGAAAAAGACUAAAAGAGCUGCAAGUCAGGAAAAAACUGAGAAACCGCCAGAGAAUGAUGAUGGUGAUGAGGAAAGGGAGGAGGAGGAAGAGGAGUCAUGUUACAAAUGUGGUAAAGCCUACACUGAAAAUGAAGAAUGGAUAGCUUGUGAUAUAUGUAACAAGUGGUACCAUCGACGGUGUUGUGGGUUAUCUAGUUUAACAAAAUGGAAGUAUUACACAAAAGUAAACAGAAAGUUCUGUUGUCCAGAAUGUGAAUAAUAUUGUCAUUUGUUUGACCCAUUACAUAACAAUAACAAGAUUUAACUCUUUGGGAAAUAAGGAAUACAUCAACAUUUUGACAAAAUAAUACAUUGCUCAUGUUUGACAUUAUAAGUAAGUUGCAAAAGCAAUUUUUCUUUUGUCUCAGUAUAAUUUUUAAGUCAUCUCCUGCCGAGUGCAAAAUGCCAUCAGUAGAUAAUAAUAAUAUAAAUACACCAUUUAGUUAAAAGGGUUUUUGUUUUACAACUUUGGUUAUUCUUUGUUUAAGCUAUUACCACACGAUAACGGGAUUUUACGGGUUUGGUGAUGACAACUCUAGAAAUCAUUGUGAACAAACGAGGAAUUGCUCAUAUUGAACAAUUUCUCCUUUUAUCACAAUGCUUUCUACCCUUCCAAAGCUAUUUCUUCAUAUUCCAUUAUAAUUUUAAUGGUCGUCUGCAAUUUCUUUAAAUUUGGGACAGUCCAAAAUGUGUCGUUUGGAAAAGAGUUUAAUCCUAUAUUGGUGGUUCUCUUUAGAAUGAUUGAUAUCAUAAGUAAUAACAUAGGAUUUACAUGUUUAUUAUUAUUGGAUAUUUUUUAAGUAACAUUCCAUUUGAAUUAUCAUAUUUAUGUAGACCUGACAAUAAAUGAUGUUUAAUUUUUUGCUCCCUGCAGAAGCAUUUUUGCAUCUUGCGGCUGAUGACAUUUGAAAGCCUAGAGACAAAAGAAAAAAAAUGCUCAUAAUGAGAUAUUUCUUCUUUUGUCACUGGGUUUUCUUAUGGUGUAUAAAAAACAAGAUCUACAUUGCUAUCUGCAAUAUAAUAGAGCUAAUUUAAAUUUGUGUGCUGCAAAUUCUACCAAAAUAUUCUGAUUAUUCAUCCUCAUGUGUUUAGUUAAGUAUUUUACCACAUAUUAUGUUAUAAAUAUUAUGUUAUAAAGUCUUUUUUAGCAAAUAAAUCUUAAGUACCCACAUUUGUAUGCCCCCUUUCGAAGAAAAGGGGGCAUAUAGUGAUCGGACUGUCCGUCUGUCUGUCCGUCCGUCUUUCCAUCACACUUUGUGUUAAGGUUUCGAAAAAUGCUCAUAACUUCUAUGUCCCUUGAGAUAUAACCUUCAUAUUUGGUAUGCAUGUGUAUAUGGACAAGGCCUUUCCAUACACACACAAAUUUUUACCCCUGAGACCUUGACCUUGAACUUCGGGUCCGCGUUUAGGUUUCGAAAUCUGCAUUUAGGUUUUGAAAAAUGCUCAUAACUUUCAUGUCCCUUGAGAUAUAACCUUUAUAUUUGGUAUGCAUGUGUAUAUGGACAAGGCCUUUCCAUAAGCACACAAAUUUUUACCCCUGUGACCUUGACCUUGAACUUAGGGUCCGCGUCAAGGUUUCGAAAUCUGCGUUUAGGUUUAGAGAAAAACUCAUAACUUCUAUCAAUCGUUUAUAGGGGGCAUAAGUCAUCCUAUGGUGACAGCUCUUGUUACAUUUUGUUUUUGCCCUGUCUGUUUGUUUGUUGGUUUGUGUCAAACUUUAACAUUGGCCAUAACUUUUGCAAUAUUAAAGAUAGCAACUUGAUAUUUGGCAUGCAUGUGUAUCUCAUGGAGCUGCACAUAGUGAGUGGUGAAAGAUCAAGGUCGUCCUACAAGGUCAAAGGUCAAUUAUAUUGGGGGGGGGGGGGUCACAUACACAUCUUAUUAGUUCUGUUCCCACAUUUUGAAAACCUAAUGGGUACAGAUAACCACUUUUGAAAGAGAGUGGGCAUGCUGUACAAACUGACUAGACCCUGACCAGGCAAGCUCCGAAAGGCAGUGUAGUGACUAUUAGUAGAAAAAUGCCAUGCUGAAACAUUGUCAAAACGAUGAUACAGCAUUGAACCAGAGUCACUGACAUAACAAAAUCAUUCUGCAUGGUAGGCAUAGGUUGAUUCAGCCAUUACUUAAUAUUAUCGUAAGGUCGAUCAAUUCAUUGCUAAGUUUUGUUAAGUUCACAGCACUUAGUGUUGCAUUGGAAUUUAACAUCACUUAGCUCAGUUUUUCAUAUAAAUCACUUAGCUCAGUAUUUCAUAGAAAUUUAACAUCACUUGGCUCAGUUUUGCAUACAAUUUAACAUCAUGUAGCUCAGUUUUGCAUAUAAAUUUAACAGCACUUUGCUUAAGUAUUGCAUUGACUUAAACAGCACUUGGCACAGUAUUGUCUGAUAUGAGUCUACUCUGUUCGCAAAGGUGUGAAAAGACGUUAUAUCAUGGGCAAUUGGUUAAAUAAUCAAUAUGGGAAGGACAAAUUGUUUGUUAAGUUCACAUUACCAGGUUACAAGACUCAUUUUGAGGUCUGUCAAAAUUUUCAAUCUUGCCGCUAUUAUUACUCUGAUGUUUCCCUGCAAGGGACGCUGUGCUGGUUCCCUUUCCAUGUUUAUAUCAAACAACACAGUUUAAGUGAUGGCAAAAAUCGUUUUCAUAUUUAAAUCGUUUUGUAAAAAUAUAGGAUUUAAUUUUUUGCAAAAGUUUAAACAUUUUGAGUUAUAUGUCAAUUGUUAUCUUACCUUUUAACUUUUUACAAUUUCAACCAAUCAAAUAACGCGUUCCAAUAUCUGCGCAGUGCGGGAUUCCAAGCCGGCAAAUGGCGACUUUUGACGUGUAGAAUUAUUGUGUGUAAAAACGAGUCGAUUUCUUGGCUAAUAUUCGGAGACGGAGCGAGUAAUUGAUGUGGACAGUGUUCCUUGGAUGUGGUUUAUAUGGAGUUAUAGACAAUUUAUCGGGGAAUCGCUUAUUACGUGCCCAACAGGACUCGUCCCGUGUAAACACAAGUGGACAGGCUUAGCUACAUCGACCGAAUUUUGGACAAUUUCUCGUGUUUGGGGCCCUGUGGACAGUUUAAUACUGCGUCGAAUCGAAUGACACUGAUACCGAUUGAGAGAUAAUUUAUUUUGCUGUAAAUCUGUGCAGAGUUUUUGGUGAUAAACAUAUGAACUGUU